GAUGAGCAGAGUGCAUUUUCAGUGAAUAGAUACUGUCUAAGUUUAUAGUGAGUAAGUCAUAAAUUGAGCCAUGGAGCUUCCAUGUUACACUCUACUACAAGGUCCUUCUGACUCAGAGCUGCCCUCAGAAAUGCUGCUGCGGCAAAACCUUGAACAUGGAGAUGUCAAUGUCAAAAUUGAUGCUCUUAAGAAGACCAUUCAGCUGAUACUGUCAGGGGAGAAACUUCCAGGAAUUCUGAUGACUGUCAUAAGGUUUGUAAUGCCGCUCGAAGAUCACACCAUCAAGAAACUAUUGUUGGUCUUCUGGGAGAUCGUUCCUAAGACAACACCUGAGGGCAAGCUACUGCAGGAGAUGAUCCUCAUCUGUGAUGCUUACCGGAAGGAUUUAUCUCAUCCAAAUGAAUUCAUCCGUGGGUCGACGCUGCGCUUCUUGUGUAAGCUGAAGGAGCCUGAGUUGCUUGAGCCGCUCAUGCCUACUAUACGCACGUGCCUCGAGCACCGCCACUCUUACGUCAGGCGCAACGCCGUCCUCGCUAUCUUCACCAUCUACAAGAACUUUGAGUUCCUGAUCCCUGACGCCCCAGAGCUGAUCAGCAACUUCUUGGAGGGCGAGCAAGACAUGUCGUGCAAGCGCAACGCCUUCAUGAUGCUCAUACACGCGGACCAGGAGCGCGCGCUGUCCUACCUCGCCACGUGCAUCGACCAAGUCAACAGCUUCGGCGACAUCCUCCAGCUCGUCAUUGUUGAGCUCAUCUAUAAGGUGUGCCACGCGAACCCCGGUGAGCGGUCGCGCUUCAUCCGCUGCAUCUACAACUUGCUGAACUCCAGCAGCCCUGCCGUCAGAUACGAGGCUGCUGGCACACUGCUCACUCUGUCCUCCGCCCCUACUGCUAUUAAGGCGGCCGCAAACUGCUACAUCGAGCUGAUUGUGAAGGAGAGCGACAACAACGUUAAGCUUAUCGUACUGGACCGCCUGCUGGCGCUGCGGGAUGUCGCCAGUCAGGAGAAGAUCCUCCAGGAGCUCGCCAUGGACGUCCUUCGUAUCCUGGCCACGCCUGAUCUUGAGGUACGGCGCAAGACCCUAAACUUGGGAGUAGAACUUGUUACCGGGCGCACAGUAGGCGAGAUGGUGGAGGUACUGAAGAAAGAAGUAGGGAAGACGCACAACACAGGGGAACACGAGGAUACGGGCAAGUACAGACAGUUACUGGUGCGCACUCUACACUCCAUCAGCAUCAAGUUCCCUGAGGUGGCGGCCACCAUCAUCCCUGUGCUCAUGGAGUUCCUUUCGGACACCAACGAAUUAGCAGCUACGGACGUACUUGUGUUCGUGAGGGAGGCCAUUCAGCGCUUCCCAGAGCUGCGAAUGCAGAUUAUCGAGCGUCUCUUGAGUGCCAUGCCCACGAUCCGCUUUGUGACAGUGCACCGUCACACGCUUUGGAUACUUGGAGAGUACGCGAGUACUGUGGAUGAAAUUACUGGAGUUGUUAGUUCAAUUCGCAGCAGCCUUGGUGAGCUGCCAAUUGUUGAGUCAGAAAUGCGAAAAGCUGCUGGUGAAGAAGUUGCCAAUGAGGAAGAAAAAAUGCAGCAGCAAGUGCCAACCCAGCAUCGUGUCACAGCUGAUGGCACUUAUGCCACUCAAUUUGCAUUCUCUGCUCCCGGCAGCAAGGGAACACCAACAGUUGAUGAUCGUUCUCCGCUAAGGAAUUAUCUGAUGUUGGGCAACUUCUACCUUGGAUCUGUUAUCGCGAACACCCUUGCUAAGAUGGUCUUUAGAUAUUUUCUUCUUGAAACUGAUGCAUUUGCCCAAAAUAGGUUCGCAGGAGAAGCUAUGCUCAUCAUGACUUCCAUCGUUCAUCUUGGCAAAUCAGGACUCUCUCAGAAACCCAUGACAGACGACGACUAUGACCGCAUCAUGUUGUGUCUUCACGUUGUUUCCGAGCGGUCGUCGAUCUUGUCCGAGAUAUUCACUGCCAAGUGUCGCGAUGCCUUGUCUCACAUGCUCACUGUUAAAACUGAGGAAGAGGAAGAAGCUAACAAAAAGAAGAAGUCCAAGGAAGGAGGAGAUGGUGUCAAUGAACAUGUGGAUGAUCACAUCAGCUUUUCUCACCUGAUGAAAUCGUCGCAACUCUCCACCACUGAUGACAUGUUUGACUUGGCUAUGAGCAAAGCCGUGUCCGGCGUCAAGAAAGAAGUCAUGGAUCUUUCGACCAGCAAACUCAGUAAGGUGCAUCAACUGACCGGGUUCAGCGACCCCGUGUAUGCUGAGGCAUACGUCAACAUCAACCAGUACGACAUCGUACUAGACGUGCUCAUGGUCAACCAGACGAGCGAUACGCUCCAGAACUGUACCCUCGAACUCGCCACCAUGGGCGACCUUAAGCUCGUGGAGAAACCUCAGCCUCUGGUGCUGGCGCCCCAUGACUUCUGUAACAUAAAAGCCAAUGUCAAGGUCACCUCGACUGAAAAUGGUUUCAUUUUCGGCAAUAUUGUGUACGACAUCAAGGGCUCGACCAGUGACCGCAAUGUGGUCAUCCUCAACGAUAUCCACAUCGACAUCAUGGACUACAUUGUGCCCGCCACCUGCACUGAUCUGGAGUUCCGGCAAAUGUGGAUGGAGUUCGAGUGGGAGAACAAGGUGACAGUAGCGACCCACAUGACCGAGCUGAAGGGUUACCUUGACUACCUCUGCAAAUCCACCAACAUGAAGUGCCUGACACCUGCGCGUGCGCUUCAAGGCUUCGGUGAUUAUAUGGCCGCUAACUUGUACGCGCGCUCCAUCUUCGGCGAGGACGCGCUCGCCAACCUCAGCAUCGAGACGCCGCUAAAUUCCAAGGACAACUCUGUUGUGGGCCACAUCCGCAUCAGGGCCAAGAGCCAGGGCAUGGCUGUCAGCCUGGGAGACAAGAUCAACAAAGUGCAGAAGGCCACACUGAAGACCGCCACCGCCUGAACCACGAGUGCACGUAUUCCUGGACACCCAUAACUAUUUUACGACGCCUAAUAUAUCAUAUGGUUACGUACGCUAGCAUCGUUGUUAAUGAACUGCUUUUAUGUUGAGUUGGGAUAGAAUGGGACCAGCUCUCUUUCUCUUGCUUUUGCUCUCCGAACUCUUUUUUUUCCUGCAUUCCCAAAAACUUUUUUCUGUUUAUUUGUUCUCAUUAGAAAGAAUUAUUGCGCUCUGGAGGCAUUGAAAGAUUUCUCUACCAUUUGCUUGUGGUGGUAACAUACUUUAUCAUUUAAAACUAAAAUUCCACGCCCUAUUGAUUUUAUGCCAUAGUGUGUCAGCUUUCAGUAAAUGGUACUUGUUUCUCUUACGUAAUUGGUAAAUUCGUUCGCAUAUUCGAUUUUUUAUGCGUUAUUGAAGUAUGCCACCUGUUGGUAUCAAACGGUAACGUUUUUGUCUUUGUAUUCUUCCCUCCUUCACUGUUCCACAUAAAGUUUCUUCACAAAGAAGGUGCGUCUAAACGAUAUUGCAAGUGUUGAGGUGGCAAAUAGAUAUCGAUUAGAAGAACAUGCAUUGAUUUCUGACUUCUGAAUGGCUGUUUAAUUUUGAGAAAAUUGUAACGUUUUGCGAUUCUUUCUCGUUCUACUGCCGCAAAAAUGUUAUUCAUUGGCAUAAAAAAUGAUGGCUGCAGAUAAUAACUAUUUGAAAAUCGAAGAAUCGUGCGCAGCUAAGGAUUUUUCACAUCAACCAGGAGUUGAUUGAGAUGAAUGAAGUGUGCAACCGAAGAGAACGCUACCCAUGUAUUAAUUUUUUAGUAUUGUUUUGAAGUUUAUUUUAUAUUCUUUUGGAAU